GAGCAGCAGCGGGCAGACUGUGACGGACAGCGGCGGUGCAGACGGCGGAGGUUUCUGAGCCGUGAAGAAGAAACAACUCAAAGGAUCUGCGGCAUUUCGUCUCCCAGCUUCACAGCCGGCUGUUGUCUGGAUGGACUGACAGAUACUGCAUGCUGCACAUUUUUAAAAGGAACAUUUGUCUCCAGACCAGCCCUCUUCCCCGGCCCACCCCUCCACAACAAUGAACUCCUCGCCGCACGGCUCCCGCGCCUCCAUCGACAUCCUGGAGGAACUCCAGCUGAUUGCUGCACAGAACCUGGAAAAACUGGACAUCAACAAAUACUACGAGGUCGUCUGUGAACUGGGAAAGGGCACCUAUGGGAAAGUGGACCUGGUCAUCCACAAAAUCAGAGGCACAAAAAUGGCCCUGAAGUUUCUGAGGAAGAAGACCACCAAGCUGAAGAACUUCCUGAGAGAGUACAGCAUCUCCCUCUACCUGUCGCCCUGCCCGUUCAUCAUCAACAUGUACGGCAUCGCCUUUGAAACAGACGAGUACUACAUCUUCGCUCAGGAGUACGCACUGGCGGGAGAUCUGUUUGACAUCAUCCCUCCACAGGUGGGACUCCCUGAAACGGUGGCUAAGCGCUGUGUCCACCAGGUGGCCAUCGCCCUGGACUACCUGCACUGCAAGAAGCUGGUCCACAGAGACAUCAAACCCGAGAACAUCCUUAUUUUUGACAAAGAGUGCCGGAAGGUCAAGUUGUCAGAUUUUGGCAUGACGCGGCGCGCCGGCUCUCCUGUGAAGCGCGUAAGUGGCACGAUCCCGUACACGGCGCCGGAGCUGUGCGACACCUCGCGGCACGAGGGCUUCUGCGUGGACUACAGCACGGACGUGUGGGCGUUUGGCGUGCUGCUCUUCUGCAUGCUGACUGGAAACUUUCCCUGGGAGAAGGCCAUGCCUAACGACGCCUUCUAUGAGGAGUUUGUCCGCUGGCAGCGCCGCCGGACGGGCACGGUGCCGUCACAGUGGCGCCGCUUCACUGAUGAAGCUCUACGAAUGUUUCGUAGGCUCCUGUCCAUCGAGCAGGAGCGCCGCUGCUCUGUCAAAGAAGUCUUCAGCUACUUCAACCAGUGCUGGAUGUUGGACACGGAAAACGGGAACAGCAGCAGCGCCGGCGGCUUAGCUAGCAGCGCGCCUCCGCUGGACAUCAGCUCGUCCUCGUCUGAAGAGGACGUAUUAGUGGACAGACUGAAGCAGCAGAGCUUGUCGCCUGCUUGCAUGGUGGCGAAGGGAAACAUGAUGAUGGACACCAACUACUCAUCCAUGUCCACGAACAGCUCGCCGUCCUCCACCGGCAGCUAUGACCGGGUCAACAGAGAAAACAACGAAAGGGGACGCAUCCCGGUGGCCACGCCCAUCGAGAUCUGUGUAUAAAGGGCGGCUGGCGCUGCGUGACCGGCUGCAUGCUCACACGUGACGCUGGUGUGAGCUGAAGAGUCUCUCCGAGUAUGAGAAAGAGGAGGAAAGUGUGGCGACUGGAGCUGGAAACUAUCAGCAGUCUGACGUUGUAGCUUCACUGUGGAUUUACUCUUUUCUGAUGAAGACGAACUCUGAGGAAAUGAGCCGUGAGACAAUCACAAACCUCCUGUAUGUGGUUUAUACUUCAGUUACUGUAAUAGUACGUCGGACAACCUGUACAGGAAAACAGCUGAAGGGAGGGGGGAGAAAAAAACAACAACAUUCAUAAUCCACGAGCAAUAUAUUCAAAUGUUUGGAAGAAUCCAGUCACUGCAAAAACAAUCUGUGAAGAAAACUUUCAGUAAGAUGAUUUGUGGCUAUUUGUGUGCUUAUUGUAGUGCGUCAUUUUCAUGUUUGGUAGAAAUGUUUCGAUUUUAUUUCUUAGUUUUAUUUGUAUUUUUAAAUUAUUUAUUUAUGUCAGAUGCAUUAUAUUUAUUUGUUUUUAUCAAGUGGCACUUGAGAUCUUUUAUUCAUUAUCGUGAUGUUGUGAUCUCCCAUAAAAGUAGAUGUACCUAGACACCCAAAAUGUCCUUUGCCCACUUGUACAGUAGCAAUCAACAAAAUGAGCGGCUGAAAAGGCACCUCAUUGUCAGCAGAAAGUGUUAAUUGGGUUUUUACUCUUCUAGACAGUCCUCCCAUUAAACUGCAGUAUACUGGUACCAUGAACAACUGAAUUUCCACAUAUAAUAAUAAAUAAGAGAAAAGUAUCAUGAAUAAUUCUCAUCUUUCUACUUGCAUGGUUAAUAAAGAAAAUGGAAACCGUAGAUUUCAUUGAGCAGUUAACAUUAUUAUCUAAAAAGUCAAUUUAUUUGGAUUUUUUUUCCUGAAAAAUGUGCCAAGGAAAUAUCCUUAACAUUAAAAUAUGCCGAUUGAAUUGUCAUUCAACAUGAGAAGAAUAAAAUUCAACUUUUUAUUGCAGCUUUUGAUGUGUAAUUCAUUAGAAACUUAAACCCUGAAAAUGUGAGACUGGAUGGAUGAAUGUAGAAAACGGCAAGUCUUUUUUUUUUUUUUUUUUUUUUCUAAACAUUUAAGAAAUCGCUCUCUCUUUUUGUGUUUUUCAGAAGUAUUGCAUGUAGUGAUGUUACUGUGGUGAACAUUUGUUGAAAUAAACACUCUGAGAAUUAAAA